AUAGGGGCGCCACAGGCAAGGAGGGAGUAAUGGAGAAAGGGGAGUGGAAGGAAGAAGACAGCACAACAACCUGAACAGGCUAAUGUGCUGAAUAACAUUGGACAAAAAAAGAGGACGAUGGAAGACAUCUGACAGAGAAGGCAGAAGCAUCAAGAGACAGGGAAAACUGGAACGCAUAUGGAUAAAAAAAAGUAGAAGGGGAUGAAAGUGAAAGGAAAAUGUGGGUGUCUGUGAAGUCAUAUAGUUGAGCACCUGAUUGUGGGAAACGUUUCACCUGCGGGGAGUGGGACGUUAAGUGCAUUUUGAUUCUUCGGGCAUGGUCGUGUCUGGACGGCAUGAAGAUGAAGACAGAACACCUGUUAUUCUGAGAGCUGUAAGCUGGCAUGCAUCAGACUGUCUCUGCAGCAUUUUUCCUACCUGCACGCCGUUUGACCUUCCUUAGUCAGCAAGCAGAGUGUGACUGCAGAGGGAAAAAAACGGAGAAAUGAGGAGUGGCGGAGGGAGGGAGAAUCUACAGAAAAACACAUGGGAAGAGAGAGAGAGUGUUAAAGUGGAGUAGCAGCCGAGGGAGUUGUUGCUUUGUGAUUGGUGUUGCCUGUGCAGUCUUUCCUGUCUUUGCAAUGUAAGACCCGUGCUCGGGACCGCUUUGAAGGUACAAUGGACUGGAUUCUUCCCGUCAUCUGCAGCCUCUAAAACCACCCAGACCCAGCUGACUGAAAACUGAACUGAUAUGAGCUCAGCUUCUUGAAAAAAGACCUGGACAUUUAACUAGCUCUCUGAAAUGCAUUGUCAACCAUUUUUGAUGCUCAUUUAAAAUAUAGUGCUUUAAAUCCUUUGUCAACAAUGGACAUGUCAGACAAUUCCCAAGAAGGACCUGCUCGCGCUCCCAGGAUGGGAGAGCCUAAGGCUGGUGAAACUAGAACGGGAGAGGGAAUGAGGAUGGGAGAGAGAGACACCCCACUGAGGCUGUCCCCUUUCCGUAUGCUUCGAAUGCUGGACCCAUGUCGUCCUCCAGGAAACCGCAUUGGUAUCGUUCAUGAAAACGUGAAGAUGGGUUCAGAUGGGGAGAGUGAUCAGGCAUCUGGGACAUCUUCUGAUGAGGUCCAGAGUCCCGUGAGGGUUCGCAUGAGGAACAACCAUCAUCGACGCAUCUCUAAUGAGGACAUAAACAAGCGCUUGUCUCUCCCAGCGGAUAUCAGGCUACCGGAGGGCUACUUGGAGAAGUUUGCCAUGAACAGCCCGCCCUUUGACAAACCCAUGAGCCGCAGGCUACGACGCGCGUCAUUGUCUGAAAUCGGCUUUGGGAAACUUGAAACUUACAUCAAACUGGACAAAUUAGGCGAGGGAACCUAUGCUACUGUAUUUAAAGGCCGGAGCAAGCUAACAGAUAAUUUAGUGGCUCUGAAAGAGAUCCGUCUGGAGCACGAGGAAGGUGCCCCCUGCACAGCCAUCAGAGAAGUGUCUCUACUGAAAGACUUGAAACACGCCAAUAUUGUCACUCUCCAUGACAUCAUCCACACUGACAAGUGCCUGACUCUUGUGUUUGAGUACCUGGAAAAAGACCUCAAGCAAUAUAUGGACGACUGCGGGAGCAUCAUGAGUGUUCACAAUGUCAAGAUCUUCUUAUUUCAGCUUUUAAGAGGUCUGGCGUACUGCCACAGAAGGAAGGUCCUCCACAGAGACCUUAAACCCCAGAACUUGCUCAUCAAUGAAAAAGGAGAGCUCAAACUGGCAGACUUUGGUUUGGCUCGGGCGAAGUCUGUGCCCACGAAGACCUACUCAAAUGAAGUUGUGACAUUAUGGUACCGACCUCCAGAUGUCCUAUUGGGCUCCACCGAAUAUUCGACUCCUAUUGAUAUGUGGGGUGUGGGCUGUAUAUUUUACGAAAUGAUCACAGGCAGACCUCUCUUCCCUGGAUCGACCGUGGAGGAUGAGCUUCACCUCAUAUUCCGCAUCCUCGGUACUCCCACAGAUGAGACUUGGCCUGGCAUCACCACCAGUGAAGAGUUUAAGACUUACAAUUUCCCCCACUACCACGCAGAGCCGCUCGUCAACCACGCACCCAGAAUAGACAGCGAUGGUCAUGACUUGCUUGCAAAGCUCUUACAGUUUGAAGCGAAGAAGCGCGUAUCGGCUGAGGACGCUCUCAAACACUCGUACUUCAGGAGUCUCGGGGAGCAGGUUCUAACACUGGCUGAUACUGCAUCAAUCUUCUCUGUAAAAGGCAUUCAGCUUCAGAGAGACCUAGGAAAGAGAUCUUCAGUCCACCCAGAGUCAACGAUGGCCCAUAAGCUAGGCUCUGCACCCUCGCAGUACUUCCAGAGAGACGCAGCCAAUCCCAGGACUCAGAGUCACAAUCUCUCCUCCACUUCCACUGGCUGAGUGGCCCCUACCAUUCUGCCCAGGGGAAGAACAGGAGGCAGAGUGUGUUGUUUUAGUGCUGGCGGGGGCGAUGAGACGAGGAGGACAGUGACACAUGCAGCUGUCUUGUCAGACGUAGGAUCACUGACCCUGCCACACACGAACUGAAGGAGUGACGCACACCCUGCCACAUAAAGACACAGUCAUACCGGAGACAUGAACACACAUACAGAAAACGUGUUAACAAAAACCACAGAAAUAUACAGCUGACAGAUUCAAACUUAAAAACUUAAAAACUCAGCCCAAACCCCCAAAAGAUGAACAGCUGAAAAAAAAAAUGAAAAAAAAAAAAAUGUGCGUGAUGCUGGAAGAAAAGUGGGAGACUAUAUGAUUCUCCUUGCUGCUACAACCACUGCUGCCCAGAAGAGGGCGGCAUUAGGACGUGAGCUGUUUUAAAGCAGAACUUGCUGUAUUGGUGAGGCGUGUGGAAGAAGGUGCAGAAAUCAACACAAGUCGGAGGCAAGAAGAGAAACAUGUGGCCCUUAUUGCCCUCUUAUGUGUUUUUCAGACUAUUGUUGUACAUACAUAGACUGAGCUGUAGAAGUCUGCUUUUCAUAACAUGCCUCAGCCUGAAUCCAAACUCUUAAGUAUUGUACCUCAGUCCCAAACCUUUGCCUAACUUCUUGACCCUUUAUUACAUGAUCUCUCUCUCUCUCUCUCUCUCUCUCUCUCUCUCUCUCUCUCUCUCUCUCUCUCUCUCUCUCUCUCUCUCUCUCUCUCUCUCUCUCUCAGCCCUUUUCUCUCAUUCUCUAUCCUUUUCUAUCUGUCUCACACUCAGUCACGCUGAUGAUUCACUUGAAAAAUGAUGAGUGUGUAAAUCAUUGAAGUUUACAGAGAUAAACCUUUGCACCUUAUUGUCCAGCAGAGGUCAGGGUGGCUGUCUUUAUGUUACCUCAUCAACCCGUCAAGCAGAGCAGGAUUAAAAGUACCUGAAUGAUGUUUUUUUUCAAAUUGACAAAGCAGAAAUAAACAACGGCUCAGUAACCACAGAAAUUGGACAGACAGUUGCACUACUAAAGUACUCUACAAUUAGAAACAUGUUUCAGUCCUCACACCAGAAGCAGACAUUUCUUACACAUUCAUAAAGCUGUAAACAGCACUACACUACAAAACGAUGUUGUUCAAUACACAAAAAGGACGUAAGGACAGAAGUAAAGGAUGUGUACAAAUCCUCACCUGCUUGUUCUUAGACACCCCCCUCCUCUUUUGCCUUGACCGAGAACUUGUCUCAAUUUGUUGUCUGACGUACAGGUGUUCAACUGGUCUCUUUGCACCUGAUUUUACCUCUUUAACAAAGGUAGAUCAUCCAAACCCUCCCAUCUUGUGUCCAACUCUGUGCAUUUUUCCCCCACUCCUUUUCUUUAACAAAAAAAAAAAAACAAAACAAGAAAAAGAAAUAAAAACCUGUAUAUACGAUCAUGAGUUUUCCUUUGUCAGAAGCAAUGAUAAUUCCAGGAUGCUGUUCUCAGUCUCAACGGUGGGCGGCUGACUGUGGACGUGUUGCACAUUCCUUGAGCUCAGGACUUAUUGCUUGUGUUGUUUUGUGAACGCUCUGAAGGCGCAGAUGGUCGUGUAUGUCUCCCCAGUAGAGCAAAUCAUGGUGUGAAUCCCUUGACAGAAGAAGAGUCAGUCUUUGGUGUCAUUCUCUCGUUAUUAUUUGACCAUCAUGUCGCUGUUGAGAGACUACCUUACCCAUGUCCUUUCUGGUCAUCUCGUUAAGCAUGUUUCUGUACUAAGCACAUGUUUUUUUUUAAUUGGUAUGUGAAAUAGCUGCUGCAGAAAAAGGAAUACCUCCUUUAUAUUUUGCAUGGGACAUAACCUUAUUAUAUAAUUUUUACACCAAAAAAAAAAAGUACAAAUAAAAGAAACACAUUAUCACCUGGAGAAUGUACCAAAAAUAACACGAAGACAAUGAGAAACACGCUGUAAAGCCACGGUGUGACAUGCUGGCAGGGACCAGGUAGCUCGUAACAUAAAUCUGACUCAACUUCAGCAGGAAAUCAGAUGCUGUUGGGCGGCCCGUCUAACCGGGCUGCAACAUCUCUGACUGCACUGUCAUCACUCCAGGCUGCCAGAAACAAGAGGACCAAAAUGUCAGUCCUCUAAGCACACAACUGUUUCACAGACCAAUCAGCUGACAUGUCAACAUGUACUGUAUCGGUAGGAAGGCCCGUGAGCGUAGGCUGGAGUUCCCUGUACCUCAGGCACUGAGUGCGGGUCAGUUCUUCAGCUUUCUCUAAACUGAUAUUCAGAAAGACUGAAGCGAUCCCACUUGUGUGCCUGUCAGAAGGACUACUUAUUCCCCCAGAGUGUGACGGUAUGUAGCAUGUACAUAGAUAAUCCCUCACUCUGUAUAUACAAAAGUGUACAGGUUUGAUACAGCUAUUCACAUUCUGGGUUUUUUUUCUUUUCUUUAUUGAAAGUCAUAGCAAUAUUUCUGUAAUCAAUAAAAAAAAAAGCCAUGGAAAUGAGA